UCUUCCGCUUCCCCAUUCCGUGAAAGGAAUUCCUAAUCCGUGCGGCUCCGUCGUCCUCCUCGUCCUCGUUUCUUCCACCCCGCCGCCAUCAGCCAAUCCGCCACGGCCGUGCCAGCCAGGCGAAAAGGCCACCUCCUUCCCCUUCCCCUUUCCCUUUCCCUUUCCCAGCCAGCCUUUGACCGCAGAUUCCCGCUCCAACCUUUCCCUUCCCUUCCACCCAAGGAGCCCCGUGGCAUAAAUAUACCUCUUUGGAAUACCCAUCCUCGUCAAAGGGAGAGGCGAGCUCCAGCUCCCCACGAGCCUCAGCCCUCAGGAGUCCUGCAAGGCCGGGGAGCAAUGGCGGCGGAGUCGCUGUCCGGUUUCCUGGACAUCCGCGCGGCGGCGCCGUUCCUGGUGGCGGCGGUGGCGUUCUACUUCCUGGUGGAGCAGCUGUCUUACCACCGCAAGAAGGGCCCCCUGCCCGGCCCGCCGCUCGUCGUGCCCUUCCUCGGGAGCGUCGCGCACAUGAUCCGCGACCCGACGGGGUACUGGGACGGGCAGGCGGCGCGCGCCAAGAAGUCCGGCGCGGGGCUCGCCGCGGACUUCCUGGUCGGGCGGUUCAUCGUGUUCAUCCGCGACUCGGAGCUGUCGCAGCGCGUGUUCGCCAACGUCCGGCCCGACGCGUUCCACCUCAUCGGCCACCCCUUCGGCAAGAGGCUCUUCGGGGAGCACAACCUCAUCUACAUGUUCGGCGAGGACCACAAGGACCUGCGCCGCCGGAUCGCGCCCAACUUCACGCCGCGCGCGCUCUCCACCUACGCCGCCCUCCAGCAGAGCGUCAUCCUGGCGCACCUCCGGCGGUGGCUCGACCGGAGCGCCGCCGAGGGCAAGCGGGCCUUCCCGAUACGGGUCCCCUGCCGCGACAUGAACCUGGAGACCUCGCAGACGGUGUUCGUGGGGCCGUACCUCUCCGAGGCGGCGCGGCGGCGGUUCGAGCGGGACUACAACCUCUUCAACGUCGGGCUCAUGGCCUUGCCCGUGGACCUGCCCGGGUUCGCGUUCCGGCGCGCGCGGCAGGGCGUGGCGCGGCUGGUGCUCACGCUGGGGGAGUGCGCGCGGGAGAGCAAAGCGCGCAUGCGCGCCGGCGGCGAGCCCGAGUGCCUGGUGGACUACUGGAUGCAGGACACGCUGCGGGAGAUGGAGGAGGCCGCGGCGGCGGGGCGCCCGCCGCCGGCGCACACCGACGACGAGGAGAUCGGCGGGUUCAUGUUCGACUUCCUGUUCGCGGCGCAGGACGCGUCGACGUCGUCCCUCUGCUGGGCGGUCUCGGCGCUGGACUCGCACCCGGACGUGCUGGCCCGCGUGCGCGCCGAGGUGGCCGCGGUGUGGUCGCCGGAGUCGGGCGAGCCCAUGACCGCGGAGAAGAUCCAGGCGAUGCGGUACACCCAGGCGGUGGCGCGCGAGGUGGUCCGGCACCGGCCGCCGGCGACGCUGGUGCCGCACAUCGCGGGCGAGGCGUUCCGGCUGACGGAGUGGUACACGGUGCCCAAGGGCGCCAUCGUGUUCCCGUCGGUGUACGAGUCGUCGUUCCAGGGGUUCCCGGAGGCGGAGGCGUUCGACCCGGAGCGCUUCUUCUCGGAGGAGCGGCGGGAGGACGUGGCGUUCAAGCGCAACUUCCUGGCGUUCGGCGCGGGGCCGCACCAGUGCGUGGGGCAGCGGUACGCGCUCAACCACCUAGUGCUGUUCAUGGCGCUGUUCGUGUCGGUGGUGGACUUCCGGCGGGAGAGGACGCCGGGGUGCGACGACCCGGUGUACAUGCCGACCAUCGUGCCCAAGGACGGCUGCGUCGUGCACCUCGCGCAGCGCUGCGCCAAGUUCCCGUCCUUCUGAGGCUCCUCCUGGUCGUCCUGCCUGCCUGCUUCCUCUGCCGUUCCAUUUUUCUUUUCGAUUUCUUGGUGGUGGUGGUGGUGGUGGUGGUGGUGAUUUGUAGGUUGUGGUGUUGGCUUGCUCGUGUCUGCUCUGUGGCGGGGACAUUCCAUUCAAUUAUUUUGUUGGCAAUUGGGUUGGGUUGGGUUGGCUGCUCCCCAGCCUGUCGAGAGGAGGAAGGAGACGGUAGAGUGUCAGUGUGAAUGAAUACUAGUACAAGUGGGUUGGUGACUGCAUGUGUACUGUUUGGCUGGUGAGCUGCUCCGUCUCGCUCAAUCAUGGAAACUGCUCUGCUCGUAUACCUGCAGUGCAACGAAUGAAUUUCGUGGGUGGAUUUGGCAAAAAAACAGGUCGCUGCAGUGUGUAUGUGGACGGCGUUCCGCGUACGUGC